GUUUUUUCUGCUUGUACCUACUUUUAUUAUCUACUGUGGGUUCCUGUUUCUUCCACAGCUGCUUUGCAGUUUUAGUCAUUGUCUAAUGAGUCAGUCAAAUUUCCGACGUGGGACCUGAAACACUUUUGUAUGCAAACAUAAGCCUCAGUUUGAUCAGUUAACCGUUAACGCAGUAAUAUAUGUGAGCACAUCACCUGUUAAUCUCACCACUUCUGGUGAUUUGUUAAUGAUUAACUUUCAGUAAACUUCCCAGCUCACCUCUUUGGGUCAGCGCCCUUGCAGGCACACUGGCAAAACUGAGCCUGUUUUCUAAAAGCAGCUGAUAACAACCGUGUGAUUUUUCAGCUUCUGUGCUGCUGUUAAUCUUUACAUUAUAAGGUCUGGAAACAUGUCCUCACUUAAAAAUUGUGGCAUCAGGUGUCAGGUAGGAGAAUUUCACAGUAAUUUGUAGCUGUUUGAUUUCAUGUGUUGCUUAAUAUAUCAGUUUGAAGUCUCUCCAUAGUCUUACUCCACACAGGGAUAAACCUUUCUGGUGCUGAAUUUCGUCACUUUAUCCGACCUUGCGUUUCUCUCAUGUGUGAGAAAUGCCAGCUACUCCUCAUGAAUGUGCUAACGAUACUUCACUCCCCACAUGCUAUGAGGAGUCAUCAGGCCCGCUUGCCAUAAUUAUCAUCCCUUGUCUGUUGGGUCUGAGCACAGUUGUGGUGGUGGCUCUAAUUUUCUACAGUCUCCACAAGAACAAAGAAAGAGUACAGAGCACCACAAGUCAGUGUACAAAUGGCCAGCAGAGUGCAUCCUUGACUGCAGCUUCUGUUAGCACUCCAAAGGUCCAGGCAACUUUGCAUCCCUGGGAAAUACCUGAAGAGUGCGCUCUUGAGGGACUUGAGUUUUGGCACAAAGGGUGCUAUGGCCCCAUCUGUAAAGCUCUGCUGAAGACGAGAGACGGAGCCUCCUCUUCCGUGGUGGUUAAGUCCCUACGAGAUGGUACGAACCAACCUGAGGCCAAGGAGUUUGUGCAGUGGAUCCUCUUCCAUGCCACACUGUGUAAACAUGAGAACGUGGUGCGGAUGCUGUACUGUCAGACCAAGCGUCUGCCCAUGUAUCUGGUCUUAGAUGCCUGCAGCCCAGGGAACCUCCUUCACUUCCUGUGGACACUCAGAAACGGGAAGUUGAACACGGUUGAUCCAUUGCAGAACUUCUCUGAGAAGUCAGUGUUUCUUGUGGCGAAGCGUGUUGCAGCUGGGCUGGACUACCUGAUGUCAGAGCACAGGCUGGUCCACGGUGAUGUUGCUGCCAGGAACAUCUUAAUUGGCCCAAACCUGUCAGCCCGGGUGUCAGGGUUGGGUGUGGCAUUUGCAGGACGCAAAACAGAUUCAGGAAUGAGGCAGAGAGCUGCACAGGUGCCUCUCAAAUGGCAGGCUCCAGAGAGGAUUAUGAUGCAACUCAGUAUCGACAGGAGCGACGUGUGGUCAUUUGGAAUCUUACUGUAUGAACUCAUUACUUUAGGUUCUGCUCCAUACCCUGAGCUGGAGCCUCAGUCUGUGCUUCCAAAGCUACAGGGGUCUUAUCGAAUGAAGAGACCAGAGAACUGUGGGGGGCCUUUGUAUGACCUGAUGAGGUACUGCUGGAUGUGGAGUUUCAAAGACCGACCUGCGUUCUCAGCCAUCAUAAAGCUGUUGGAGUCAUCGCUGCAUCGAGCAGCUACGACGCCCAUUUGUGUUCCUGAGGUCGUAGACUUAGAGGACUAUAACAGAAAGGCAGGACUGCUCUCAUGAGCUCGACUUUUGUGGCCUUACUGUACUUAAUGAUCUUUAGAUUUGAAUAAUAAUAAUAAUAAUAAUUAAUAAUUGUCUAUCGUUGAUUUCAGUGAAAGAUUGUUUUAUUCCUUUGGCAGAUGUGAUGAUUUCCGUCUGUAUGCAUAAAAAACUUGUAUCAUCCCUACAUUGUAAGAGGAAAAUUUUAAUAACAAAAUACAAAAAAGUUCUCUUAGUCACACUCGGCAGCAUUUUUGGUGCUUUGAAGAAUCUUUUUAAGUUUAAACUACAUAUGACCUUAGUAAAUAGCUGCUGUCCUGACUUUUAACCCACCUGGUAUCUUGUGGUUAUGUGUAGAUAUUAUUGUUAUGAUUCAAGAUUCAAGAGUCUUCAUUGUUAUUAUGCAAGCAUAACAAAAUUUUGUACAGGUUCUUGGCUCAAAUGCACACAUAU